AAAACCCUUGCAAUGACCAUGAGGCAUAUCCAAAGCAUUUCUAUAUUUUGCAGUGUUUUUCUAUCUGUGCCAGGCUGGGCUUGGGAGCUGCCACGGGAAAGGACAUGGACAACUAAUUGCUCUAAUAUGCUUCUGACAACAGUCCCGAAGGACCUGACCUCCACCACAACCACCCUGGACUUAUCCCAUAACCUCCUUGCCCAUCUCCAGAGCUCCAAUUUCCGUUCCAUCUCUCAAUUGCAGGUUUUGAUUCUUUGCCACAACAAAAUCCAACAGCUUGAUGUCAGGGUGUUUGAAUUCAACAAGGAGUUACGCUAUUUGGACUUGUCUCACAACCAACUGAAGAUUGUAAUGUGGUAUCCCUUGGCAAGUCUCAGGCAUUUAGAUCUUUCUUUCAACGACUUCGACACACUGCCUGUCUCUUCGGAGCUGGGAAACAUGUUUCACCUGGAAGUUUUUGGUCUAAGUGGAGCUAAAAUACAAAAAUCAGAUUUCCAGAAAAUUGCCCACUUGCCUUUGCAUACCAUUUUGUUGGGCUUAAGAGCACUUUCUUCCUAUGAGGAAGGCAGCCUGCCCAUCUUAAACUUAACUAAACUUCACAUUACUUUACCGAAGAACACAAAUUUCUGGGUUCUUCUGCGUGAUGGAAUUAAGACUUCAAAAAUCUUGGAAAUUACAAAUAUAGAUGACAAGAGUCAAUUUGCAGGUUAUGAUGCUCAGCAAAACCUUCAUCUAGAGACAUCCAGGACAUCUCUUCUGUUACUUAGUCAUCUUGAUUUACUAUGGGAACACCUAUUCCUCAUCUUCCAGUUUGUCUGGCAUACCUCAGUGGAAUACAUUGAGAUCCAAAAUGUGACUUUUGGAGGGAAUGUGGAUCUCAACCACAGUUCAUUUGACUACUCACAUUCCAUGAUGAGAAGCGUGAAAUUGGAGCAUGUCAAUUUCAGAGUUUUUUCUGUUCCACCGAGUAAAAUCUACUUGCUGUUUACCAAAAUGGAUCUAGAAAAUCUGACGAUCUCAGAUGCACUAAUGCCACAUGUGCUGUUUCCGAUGUACCCUAUGAGAUUCCAGUAUUUAAAUUUUGCUAGUAAUGUCCUCACAGAUGACCUGUUCCAAAAGCCUACGCAGCUGUCUCAUUUGAAAACUCUCAUUCUAAAGAAUAACAAAUUGGAGACCUUUUCCUUAGUGAGUUGCUUCACCAACAACUCAUCCUUGGAAUACUUAGAUCUGAGCCAUAAUCUGCUACAACAUGAAAAUGAUGAAAAUUGCUUGUGGCCCAAAACUUUGACCACCAUGAACCUCUCGUCCAAUAAAUUUGUAGAUUCUGUUUUCAGGUGUGUGCCUAGAAGUAUUCAAAUACUUGACCUGAGUAAUAACAAAAUCCAAGCUGUUCCGAAAGAGAUGGGUCACCUUAAGUCUUUGCGAGAGCUCAAUCUUGCUCUUAAUUUUCUAACCGAUCUUCCUGGAUGUGGUCACUUCAGUAGACUCUCAGUUCUGAAUGUUGAAAUGAACUCAAUACUCAGUCCAACUCUGGGUUUUUUCCUUAGCUGUCAGGAAGUGAAAACUCUAAAGGCGGGAAGAAAUCCAUUCCAUUGUACUUGUGAAUUAAGAGAUUUUAUUCAGCAAGGAAGAAGCCCAGGGAGUGUGAUGGCUGGAUGGUCAGACUCAUACAUCUGUGAAUACCCUUUGGAGCUGAAGGGGAUUCCACUGAGGGAUGCUCCCCUUCCAGAACUAUUCUGUAACAAGGCAUUGCUGAUUGUCACCAUUACAAUUAUCCUGCUAGUUGUGGGUACAGCUGUGGCUUUCUGCUUCUUCCAUUUUGAUCUUCCCUGGUACUUUAGAAUGUUUUAUCAGUGGAUACAGAUGUGGCGUGAGGUUAGGAGGACAAGACAACAAUGGAAGAGAAAACCCCAAUUGCAUGUGUUUGUUUCAUACAGUGAACAUGAUUCUGCCUGGGUGAAGCAUGAAUUGAUUCCUAAUCUAGAAAAAGAACAGGGUUCUGUCUUGAUUUGUCUUCAGGAGGGAAACUUUGACCCUGACCAGAGAAUUCCCGAAUGCAUAAUCAACUGUAUUGAGAAAAGGUACAAAUUCAUUUUUGUGUUGUCUGCUGGCUUUGUUCACAGUGUAUGGAGUCAUUAUGAAUUCUAUUUUGCCCAUCACAAUGUCCUCCAUGAGAGUUCUGGUGUUAUUCUUAUCUUACUGGAACCCAUUCCACUCUACUGUGUUCCUACCAAGUAUAUUAUAUUGAAAUCUCUCCUGGAAAAGAAAGCAUUUUUGGAAUGGCCCAGGGACCGGCACAAAUGUGUACUCUUUUGGGCAAAUCUCAGAGCUGCUAUUAAUGUAAAUUUGUUAGAAACCAGAGAGAUGUAUGAAUUACAGACGUUCACAGAGCUGAAUGAAGAAUCUCAAGGAUCUUUGAUCUCGCUAAUAGCAACAGACUAA